CCAAGUAAAAAUAUUACUUCAUUAUAGAAUGUUGAUUUUUCAUACAGAUAAUUUGGAAUUGAGCAGAGUAUUAAUAAGCCUUAUUGAAUCAAUCGUAUUAGAAGGAAAUAAGACAUUACAGAACCCUGAAGAUACUGCAGUAUCGUCAAGUCUGAAUAAUAAAUUAUACAAGUUCCAAUUGUUUACUUAUCGAUGGGUCCUUAAAAUACACCUUCAGAAUGACUACAUAAAACCUUUCGAGAGAAAUCUUCAGUCUCUAUGGAAAGGUCUGCAGUCUCCAUUGCCUAUGAAAAAUCAUGACAAUAGACCGACAGAUCAGAAGAAUUAUCGUGUACCACGUAAUGUAGAUGAGAUGACUUACAACAAUUCUCCAAUUAAAAGUUCUCCAAACCCUCAAGGGUUUGAUCUUCUAGAGAACUUGAAUUUCGGUCAAUUAAGGUUUAGACUGGCAGUACAUCGCUGGAUUUCUAGUUUAAUAAUUCACAGAACCCUUGGCAAAACUGCUUUCGGUAGGAUGAUGCCGAUUCUACGAAACUGUAAACCUGUGUUUCCCAGAAAAGAGGCUAUAAACGAGAUUGAAAAAGAAAUUGAGAAACUGAGUGACCAAGUAAUGACUUCGUAUGAUAUUAGUGCAUCACAGCACAUUUUCGAUUUAGCCGAAUUAAUUGGACACAUACCGAUAUACCACAGUAUAACCAUACCCAGGAGCGACACUAGCCGGUUUGACCUUGACCAAAACUAAACCUUGACAAAAGUAUAUACGAAUCAUACAAAUAGAAUCAACAAAUGAAAGACGAAAAUCGAGAGGAAUUCGAGAAGAACAUAUGCUCACUUUGCUAGCAGCUCGUAACGUUUUGACGCAAGUAGAAAACAUCCUUGCAGAACUUCGGGCUCUUAUCUCUCGUCUUUAAUAUUUAACUAUAAAAAAUAGCGCUCCCGAAUUAGUGACGAUAAAGUUCAUAGUCCUGCCAGUUAUAGCAUCAAUUGGUAAGGGCAUCAAUCACAACACACACUCGUAUAUGUGUGUGGUAAUUAUUAUAUAUUAUAAAAAUUAAAGAAACCACGCAUUAUAUGUA